AUGGCAACUCAUGAUGAGCUUUAUGUCGCAUCUGGGUUUCAUUUCAUGGAAUCUUUGCAAUUUGGAUUCAACUUUCUCAGAUUGCAUGCAUGCCCAACUCUACGAAGCGGCAAAUGGAAGCAUUGGAAGGACCAUAUUUUUAUUCUUCAUCGUUUGAGUGUAGCAGAUGAGUGA